AAAAAUUUUCUUUUUGGUGCUCUUUUAUUGUGACGGACAUCAUCAACCUUUCAAGGGUUUGGGUCUAUCCCACCCUCCCUCAAAAUGAAAGUAGGUUAUUCAGUACUGUGCCUGCUGGUGUACAGUGUACAUGAAUGUGUAAGUGUUGAACUAAAAGGAACAAACUGUCUAUGUCCCGGGGAUCCUUUACUUCUCACAUCCUAUGAUAAGGCAGAAAUAUCACAGAUUAUGAAGAAAAUAUCAGCUUUGAGAAGACAUGACCAUAAGAAUAUAACUAAACUUUACACCCCGGCAGAAGCAAAAUCAGCAAAUGAAACUGUAAGAACAAAUCUACCUUCGUCAAGUCUUUUGAUCGAUAUGUUUCCGUUUGAGGAUAUUAAAACUUGGUUGAGUGUUAACUCUAUCACAGAGGCAUCACUGAAGGCUCUGAAAGAAAGUGUUAAAGCUAAAGUAAGUCAGAGGACCAACUUAAAAAAUGAACUCUCUGCCUACAAUAAAAAGUUUCCCAAGCCUACAACACCUGUUCCUACAACUUCAGCUUCAACUUCAGCAGUAAACUCCAUAGUGGUCUCAGGUGCAACAGGAUCAUCUUCUGGGGUUUCAGGAGAUACAUCAGUUGGUGCCACAGGAGAUACAUCUGUUGGUGCCACAGGAGCUACAUCAGUUGGUGCCACAGAAGCUGCAUCAGUCGGUGCCACAGAAGCUACAUCAGUUGGUGCCACAGAAGCUGCAUCAGUUGCUGCUACAGAAUCAACCUCUGAAGCUCUACCUGCAGGAACAAGAAGAAAAAGAGAAACUGUAAAGAGGCCUGAUGUUCCAAUGAUAAUACCAAGGUUGAAGGGAAUGGGAAUUAAAGCAGGAGAAAAUGCAGCUACACUUGAAAACGCAGUCUCAUGCUGGGAGUGCCAAGCUCCGUCAACAAGAGUGAGAAAGAUCUUAAAAAUAACAAAAGAUGAGUCUGUGUUGAAUUUAAAUUCUGAUGAAUUCCUGACCUUCAAAGAACUUAUUGAAUCUGAGAUCGAUUUGUUGUUUGAAACAGCUAUUGCCUCUGAAGAUAUUGAAGUCGGUGGGAAGAAAUUUUCCAAUAGUAUUGGUUACUAUGGUGCUGAGGUGGUAGCAUUGUAUAAGAGUGAUGCUGGGGCACGAAAGAAGCGAGCAACCUCUGACAUAACCAUUGAGGUUAAUAUUGCAACUAAAGAUGCUAUUGCUUCAUCAGAUAUUGAUACUGUUUUCGACAAUGGAACCCUCGAAACUUUAAAUCUGAUUUCUAGCCAACCCUCUGCACCAACCACUUGCAGCAUUGCAGAUCUGCCUUAUCCUACAGCAUUACUUCAUUUGAUUGGGGUUUCAUCUACUGAUUCGAUUACUGUUGGAACAAAAGUUUAUUUUUCCUGCAAUUCUGGAAAUAUCCUUAACUCAACAUUAGACCCAGAGAUGAACGGAUAUGAAGUUAUGUGUGGUAUUGGAGGUAUUUGGGAAGUACCAGGAGAAUGGCCAGAUGAAGUGACUGGGUGUGUUCCUUCUCAAGUAUGCACAGUUCCAGACUCAGGCCAAAUCCCAUCAGCAUCAGGUCUCAUCAGGUUGCCAUAUGUGGCAGCAGACUUGUCUGGUGUUGUUCUUGAAGGUGACAGUGUUUUCUAUGCCUGUAUAGAAAAAAAUGCCACUCUAAAUGAUGGUUCCGGGAUGGGCGUUUACCAAGCAAAAUGUGAGAAUGGUACUCUAGAACCCAAAACAUGGCCUAACUGUGAAAUAAUGACUUCAUGCUCUGCGUUUCCUACCCCUGAUGCUUUGUCAGCUGGAUCUGGUCUAGUUCUAUCUACCGACAAGACCACUCCUCUCCUAGAUGGAGAGUUUGCAGUGUACAACUGUUCAGAUAAAACCCAAGUAACGGUUACAGGAAAAAUCUACACUCUUGAAUGCAAAAAAGGAAAUAUUUCAGCUCCUGCCAAUUGGCCAUUGUGCACAAAGCCCAAAGCAUGUGAUGUCUCUGCUGCUCCUUCUCCUCCCCCUGCCACAUUUUUACUUCCCAAUAUCACUGCAGGCAUUGCGAUUUUAGAGACGGAUCAGUUGUACUAUAAAUGUUUAGCAGAUCCUGGUAAAACAUAUCUUGAAGGGCAACCAAACAAUCAGUUCCCGGUCACAUGUCUCCCAGGAGCAGUUUGGCAGAUUCCAGCUGAUUCAGAAUGGCCUAUAUGUCAGGAUACAACUACAACUACAGAACCACCAACUACGACCGUUCCAUCUAUGAGUAAAUCUUGUUACUGCCUUGGAGAUAUUGAACCCAGCAGUAGUGAAACAUUUUUGAUGACAAUUUCAAGACAUGAGAGAAUUCUAGAAGUGUGUAGAAAAGUAUAUGUUACUUUUGGAACUCUAAUUACAGAGGUUGACGAAUAUAAUAAUAGAUACCUGGUCCCCAUCAAGGAGCAGUGUGGUGUAAAGAAUCCGUAUAUUGAGGAGUAUGGAGGCCUUCAAGGUUUAAAUCGAAGCUUUACUGAAGAAGAUACAUGUAGAUGUGAAUCUGCAAAGGUAACUGGAUACUGGAUUACAAUGGAGAUUAUCAGUCAAAGCUACACACCUCUCUUUGCCCAGCCAACAUCGAGGAGGUCUAGACUUAUGAGGGAACAUAUUGAAGAGCUUAUGGAUACAAUUUACUUGAAUGGACGUGGAACCGUGAACGGUCUGUUUAACAAGAAGUAUGUUCGGACCAGAGUUAUGAGAUUUGAUUCAGGGAACACCAUCAUCAACCUAGAGGAUGUUAAAUUCGACCCAACAAUAGAAAUGAAACAAUCACUCAGGGUCCAAAUGGAGGUCCAGUUUGUCGGAGAAAACCCUAUUUCCUUAUCAGAUUUUAAUAAAACUCAUUUUCAACUCAUUAGUGUCAACACUACACUCUCAGAGAAACCGUUUGAUACUGGAGUUGGUAUUAAAAUCAACCUCAACUGCAAUACUGUGGAUAAUCCACAAAGCUUGGACAGCUGCCCAAUUAAAGAUCCCCCUAAAUGCCUGAACAAGGAUUUUGAUGGGGUACCAAAAUAUCUGACCCACCAGUAUGUCCAGUUGGCUGAUGAUGGGUCCAUGUUACCUUUCCCACACAACGUUACCGUUAAUGGUCAAUCCCAAGAGUUUGCACUUUUUGUGGGAGAAACAGUUGAUUUUGUUUGCAUCGAUCCUAAUAAUGUCAAACAUUUCAAAACUACAGAACCAGAACUUCUUGACAACAAGCUGACUGUUGUGUGUAAGCCUGAUAAAUACUACAAUGUGCCGAAUAUUUGGCCGAUUUGUAAAGCAAAAUGUCCGGCCGAGAAACCAAAACCAGGAAAUGGAACCAAACUUGAGCUGUGGACAACACAAAAAGAAAUGCAAGAUCAUUGGAAGGAAGAGUUCUGGGAGGAUGACCUGCUGUAUUACCGUUGUAUAGAUUAUAGAAAUGAUGGAGUUGUUCUUCAACCCUUCCUAGUUGACCCAUUAACCGGGGGGCAGGUCGGAGACAGAAGGGUCAGCUCGCAGGUCUUCAAAUGUACCGAAGGAGGAUUCUAUAAUACACCUGUACAGUUUAGAAACUGUGCUCCUAAACCUGAUGUUUGUGAAUGUUUGGGUGAACUUGAUCCUAAUCAAUCCAGGGAGAUUCUAGAACUGGUUUGCAGAAAUGAUUCUCUGAUAGAAGAAAACUACUGGUAUAACUGGGGAGCAGACAAAGAUGAGACGGGUCUCGUCAUUCUACCAAACAAAACAAGAUGUGGUGUGAAGAAGGCAGAUUAUCCAUCUAUUGACGAGAAAUGUUAUUGCUUUGAAAGAGAUGCUCAAGGUGUAAAAAAUGGGUUCUGGCAUAAAAUGGAGGUUUUAUCUAUGCCCUGGCAUCCUGAUCUAUUUUGGCCAAAUACAACACUGUUUAAGCAGCGUAAAAUCGAGCUUGAAAGAGAACUGGAUGAGAUGUACUUGAACAGUACAGUUAUUCAUGAAAGGGGCUAUGUACGAAGUAUUGUUAUCAAGUUUAAACAAGGAAAGUACGUUCUUAAACAUCAAACCUCAACAACAACCACGACGACAACUACGUCAACAACAACGACGACAAUACAGCUGCGAGGAAGACGAUCUGUGCCAGAUGACGAGAGGGAUUAUAUACUGGACGGAACGCGAACAUGGCGAGAAGAUAAAAAGUAUUUCAUCGGAGCUGCGGGAUAUUGGCCAUACGGGGAGGACGAGUACAGUACUCAGGCCUGGGUAGAGCAUCAGUUCUAUGGGGACUUCUCCGUGCUUGACUUUGACAAUGUUGAUUUUGAAGAAGAGCAUUUAACCCUGCUCGAGGAGAGGAAUGGUCAAUGGUUGGAUUCUACUGGAAACUUGUCUCUCUGGUUAAGCCAGGGCUGCUAUCUAUCAGAGAAAUGUCACAUCGAGAAUCUAGUUGGAGAUAUCACGUGUUCAAGUGUAGUUAUUAACAACCUACCAGCUGGUCUAACCAAUACUAAACCUACGAAGAUGGUUCCAGUAUCUAAGGAGGACCCGAAUAAGGAAGAGGAGUACCGUGUCCCCGUAGGAGGGGAGGUGAGUAUAAAAUGUAAGGAAUAUUACCAGAAGAUAACCCUGGAUAAAUGGGAUAAUGAUCCGAAUGAUAUGCUGAUGACAGUGAAAUGUUUACCAAACUUCAAGUUUGAUCUGCCCUCGGAUGAAUUCCCAAAGUGUCGAAGUUAUUGUCCAGCUCCUCGAAGAUUAUGGAAUGAAUCAAAUAUGGCGAAUGAUAUUCUCCCGUUACAAAUGAUCUACACCCUGGACUCCUCCGUGCAGAUGAAGAAGGCUAUGGACCCUGAAGUCGGAUACAGGAAGCUGCAGGCCCCCCUUUACUCCGGGUUGGAUAUCAACGUAAACAAGUCUGAUCUUGAUACAGAAAUAUGGGAGGGGGACAAG